AUGUAUCUGGGUUUCUCCAUUCCAAUGUCGGCUCUUCUUCUAACUACCGUAAAUUGCAUCACAACUCUAAAGCCCACGUCCAGUUUCCACUGGAACACUAGUAAUGCCACCACGCAAAUCUCUGGAGCUUCUAGUGGCUACCUUUUAGCUACAACAAAUACUUCAAGUGUUCUGUGUCCUUCAUCAACGGCAGAUCUCUCCGUCGCUAGCCUCAAAACUCACCAAGUUAUGGUAGGCCCAGCGGGCAAUUUGAGCUUCGAGCCAAGUACGAUAGAUGCCACAGUUGGCGAUCUUGUCAAGUUCACUUUCCUAGCGAUCAACCACACCCUGACUCAGUCCUCCCUCUCAAACCCUUGCAAAGAAAAUGGAAGUUUUGACACCGGUUUCAACCAAUUCAAUCCGCAAAAUGUGGCAGGAAGGCAUGUCGUUGAGUACAGAGUACAGAAUCUUGAGCCCCAGUGGUUUUUCUGCGCUCAAGCGGCUGGAAAAUCGCACUGCAAGUCAGGAAUGGUGUUCGGCAUAAAUACUGGAAGUAAAAUGGACUCAUUUGUCGCUUUGGCCACAGCAACAUCCUUUUAUGAUUCCGCAGCUCCGUCUUCGGCCACAGAUGUCGAAGUAGAUUAUUCACAGCCUCCAUCCAUAAGUCACUCGUCUUCCUCAAGUUCCCAAUUAUUGCCAGAGUUUCCUUCGAGCGCGACUUCACAGCGAUUUCCCGCCAAUAAGAGCCCCAAGCCCACUAUGUCCUCUGUUUUGUCAAAUGUUACUGCCAUCUCGACUACAGCACUGGUGAGCCAAACUACUCUGUCAACAGCCUGUAGUAGUUUCGACUCUGCCAAGCCUUCGCUAGCGAUGGUUUGCAACAACUCUGCAGGCAUAGCCGCAUCAACUAUAUCACCCAAUGCCUCCUCUAGUGCCAGUGCCAUAGUUUUGCUAUGGCCUUUGGGACUGAUUUUCAUCGGUGUAUGUUUCUGUGGUCUCUAG